UUGUAUGAGAAAAAACUUUCCUAGAAGUGGCGAUUACCUACUCCCCAAGCAAAUAGUAUCCCAUAUUAGGAUCAUUGCCACACAUAGUAAUCCAUCUGUCACUUUUCUCCCAAGAUUCUAAUUUUGGUCACUCUUUCCAUUUUUGGUGGUCUCUGCAGAAUCCCAAUCCUCUCCAACAACAAUAUAGUUGUGUUUUUUUUUAUUUUGUGUGUGCUGUGUGUCUUGCAUAUAAAUAAAGAACCUCUUUUGAGGUCCUUCUUUUCAUGCCCAUCUUUCCCCUCUUAUUCUGAAUGCUGGUGGGUUCAGUGUUUGGUGAGGAAGGAUAAUAAAGGUUGGUGCUUUGUGAGAGGGAAGAGAAAAAAACAUGGGGAGGGGGAAGAUUGAGAUUAAGAAAAUUGAGAAUUUGAACAGCAGACAGGUUACCUUUUCCAAGAGGAGAAAUGGGUUGCUCAAGAAGGCCAGAGAAUUGUCUGUUCUAUGUGAUGCUGAGGUUGCUGUCAUCAUAUUCUCUAGCACUGGCAAGCUUUAUGAGUUUUCAAACACAAGCAUGGAGCAUACCCUAUCAAGGUAUAUGAAAGGCACAGAAUUGGAUUCUGCAGAGCAACCUAUUGAUGUGUCCCCAAAAGAUGUUACGGUUAUGGAGCCUGAUACAGAUCUUUUGAUGGAUGAAAUAACAAAGCUUCGAUCUGCAUACUCAAAUAUGAAGGGUAAGGAGCUUGAUGGAUUGAGCCUUAAAGAGCUGCAGCACCUAGAAAAGCAGCUGAGUGAAGGGAUAUUAGCUGUCAAAGACAGGAAGGAACAAGUACUUGUAGAACAACUUACAAGGUCCAGGAUACAGGAGCAAAAAGCUAUGCUGGAGAAUGAAGUUCUGCGUAAACAGCUUGAGGAGAUACAAAAUAAAACAAAGACACAGUUCCUUGAAUUUAGUUGUUUGGAUAGAACAUUUUCCAAGAACAGUUCAAAGUCUCUUUUCAAUUGUGCUUCAGAGGAAAAUGGUCAUUCAGAUACUUCUUUGCAGUUAGGGUUGUCAACACCAGAUUAUGGUCAUCAGAGGAAAGGAUGGAAAAUAGAACCUUGCAACGACUCAGGGAGUCAAGUGGCUUCACAGUGACAUUUUUGUACUGAAAGCUUUCUUCAUCUGCCACCUUUAAGUUUUAGAAUAUAGAGAUAGUUUUAGGCAAAUUAAAUAAAUUUUAUGUUUAGUUCAUAAAUUUUUGGCUUUCACCAGCAUUUGGUUGCUGAAUUAGGUUAAAGUUUCAUGCUAAAUGGCCUUACCAUGUUGAAAUACUUUAGUCAUUUAGUUCAACCAAACAGUUUUCAGGUA